AUGCAUCUCUUCCUCUCCCCCCAUACAUCACCGCACGCCUUCACAACGGGCCUCCGUCUUCGCUCUUUGGCGCGCCCAGUUCACUGCAACCCGUUGACCGAGCUCUUUGCUUUGGCCGGUCCUCUUUCUCUCCCUCGUUUUGUCACUCGCCUGUUCGCUUCUUUGCUCGCUUUUUCAAUCCCUCGUCUCGCUCUUUUCAUCAUCCUUUUGCCAAAAUACUUGCUCCUCUUUCGCUUUGACAUAGACUUAAUUCGCUUCCCUUUUCUACUUUCUGCUUCACCUUCACUAUCCUCUGUCACAGUUCUCCUCGGGACACGACGACCACGAUUAAGACUACGGCUUACGACUCGCGCUCUUCAAGCGGUUGCCCUUGUACAAUUCCGCCACGGCCACGAUUUCAACAGCCCCUCCACCCCUUGCAACAAGAACCAGACUCUCAGUGCGCAUUGUUCAGCCCGCAGAGAGGCUCGUCGUCCCCUCCGCAAAGGCCCAGGCCUUGACGCGACUCCCCUGCGUUUCACCCGCGACGUCGGCCAGCCUGCCUUGACAGGUGGACUUCUGAAGUCGCAACCGAGACUCCCGGCGUGCACAGGUGCCAACCACCAAGGUAAAGCAAGGCCAUGGGCCUGUGCAGUGCGACCCGUGUUGCGUAAGAGGCAGUGGGAAGGCGAGAGCAUGUCUACUCCGCCGCCGCCGCCGCCGCCAUCCUCGCCGAAGCGCCGGGCGUUGCAUGAACGAUCCCCCUCGGAGCGCAAUAGGUUACAAAUUCGUCUCGUCCCGUACAGCCCGCCACGUCUCAGCUCUGAUGCUGCUUCGCCCCCUACGUCCGCCGCAUGCCCUCUUUCGCACACAUCUGACGCCGUGGUCACCACUAAACACGGUCACUCUCCUCGCCAGGGCGACCAACUUCCCGAGCCAGCCUCGACCCAAGCCCGCUCCCCUAGCCCGACCAGCGGCUCCAAUGCCGCAACAAACUGGACGACUCUCUCCCCGUCGUCACCGUCACUGUGCUCUUCGCCCUCUCCCGGUAACCUCCUAUCGCACGCAACCCCGUCUUGUUCUCCGCCGCUUGCCGCUCAGCGCCGGCCCAAGAAAGUCAUCAGUGUGCAUUCGGACAAGACAUUCAGCCUGGUUCCUCAAUCUGGCUCCGCGUCGUCUGCAACCGACUCGUUUAGAUCCCCGCGCUACUCGUCAACAGUCCAUAGCACCUCGUAUGACUUCUCCUCGUCAGAUCUGCUAGUCGAGGACCGACCAAGCUCACCCCUGACGCCGCUUCCGGAACAGCCACCCAGCUGUGACUCUCCUGCAUCCAUCAGUCUAGGUCAUUUCGGAGACUCACCCUGGAAUUAUCGCUUUGUCGGAGGCGUGCGUAAAGUUCAGCACGCUGUCUCGAACCCUGUUCCUCCGCCCGGCGACACGGGGCCUCAAGCCAGGCGUUCCCUGAGCUCUUCACGGCCGCCCUCUACACUAUCCGAGCGAUCCAAUUUCAAGACCUACGUCUUAGCCCCAGCGGCCGGCCCUGUUGGCUCCAGCGCCACGCUUGACAGCUGCGAAGGCGUCUCCAACCAGUCUGUCAUUGAUCUGGAGCCAGCCAACAUUGAUAUUUUGGGCGAAUCAUCUUCUGACCAAUCCGCCGACGACCGUCAAGCGCCGCCAACCGCCGGGAGUGAAUCGAACUACAUUCUUCAUGGUGGCCAAUCUCCAUUGUCUGCUCCCAGUGCUAUCGCGGAAAGCUUGAGACCCGAAUACUCGAGGGAAAGCUUGCUGGUGCCUCCACUCAGGACGGUAAAAACGGGCGCGCCCGAUCGCUCCAUCCUGUACCGGGCACGCUCCCGUGACUCAAUACGAACUGCGUCUCUGAGCUCCAUCUCAACAGCGGUCAUUGAGGAGGCUACCCGCUCGUUGUUCGCCGGUGCUGUCGCCAUACACAUGCCGGGUAGCACCUCUGAUGGUUCGUCGAAUGUCCUUCGCGCGACGGCAAUCAAGUCACCGAGGAGGGCUUCCCAGAAUCAGCACUGGAGUUCCGCCUUGUCAACGGUCAUUUCUGAAAGCGAAGGAGGCAGCGCUGGCCCUUCCCGUUCGCUCUCGCCAUUGAGCCCCGCGGGCCACCUCGCAGGACGCGAUGCUUCACCCAUCGCUGACCGGUUCUAUGGAGCGGCCGGAGCCUCAAGUUUGGCCCGAGAGGAGCAUAUAGAUUUCCCUUCAUCAGCUGCUUGGCGGCCAGGGUCACGCGAACAAGGCAGCAACACCAUUCGGCUCAUUCGGGACCAAGAUGAACACGGCGAUGGCCUCGCAGACCUGGAGGAAUUAAAUGGACCUUUCCGUGCGCGGCUAUACAGCUUCCUGUCUACUCAUUCCUCGGAUCGCAAUCUGCGAUCCUCUGGCAGCUCGCUCUAUUACGGCAGCGGGGAACGCCGCUUCCUGGCUGCGCAGCUAUCGUCUGAGUCGCUGUACUCUAUUUUCGAGGAGGGCGCUCGAUUUGAUGCCUCGUUAAACAGGUCGCCCAGCGCCGAGAGACUGCCCCCAACCGUUCAGAACCCCCGACGCCGCCCAAGAGAGCAGUUGCGGCAGAGCAACAGGUCCCGCCCCUCGCAAGACAACGGCGAUCAAAUAACCCCAUGUCCGCCUUUACCCGUCGCGUGCAUUGUACGGAAACAGACAUCAAGCAUCUGGUCUCCACACCUUGCUCGAGACAGGCGGUUCAAAAGACAUACCAUUUGGGAGCCUCCUUCUACCAUCUGGUCUACGGACGAGCCCGCAUCUAUGGCUCGAAACAUCCAGCCCAUCUUAUUCGUGCUGGCUUGGAUGGUGGCAUCUUUCCUGCCGCUCCCAUCGCAACCGCUAUGCGACAUGACGGAGGCUCAUCAGAGCACUGGUCAUCUUGACCUGCGACCGGAAGCCAGUCGAAAUGUCUAUGCUUCUUGCGCUCGCCGAUACAGUCGCGCGCAAUGGUGGAGGAGCCUUAACAGAGCCAUGUCCGUCGUCGGGCUAUUCGUCGUGGGCGCCAUCGUGGCGCUUAUUGUUACCGGGGUCAAGCAGCAAUGGAAGUCAUGA